AUGCUGAUCACAGUCUUCAUAGCAGUCGCUUCUGUCGCGCUCGGCGCCCCCUUCGAAGAAGCCCUGGACACACGAGAUGGUGCAGAGUACACGACCGAAGUCAUGAUCCACGGCAACACCCCUCUCUCAAUCGGGGACAUCAGCGCCUUCGAGCUAGUGCGCGAGGCGCUCGACGAGCUUUGCACGGGUCAAGACUGCGACACAACGCGCUGGUCAACCCCUAAAACCACAAUGAAGGGGUACACGAACAGCGCGAGCGAGCUGAAGUCGUACAACGUGUCGAUAUCCGCCAACGCCAUCUUUCCUGUACUGAAGGGAGCUGAUGGGAAACUGGAUGGCGGCGGGUUGGCGCGCACGAGCCUGAAGACAGCCAUGGUCGAGGCGAUCCGUCUCGGCGAGCAGAGGAAGUGGCUCGAGUACUCCGUCUACCCCGACAUUAGCGGCGGUAUCGCAGGCAUGAACAUGCUCCAUUCGAAAUGGGACUGGUUCGGGUCCAUCCAUCCCCAGUAUGCGCUGUAUCGGAGCCAAACGGGCGACGGGUCCCAGGCGGGACACAUCGUGAUUGAGUUUCAAGUGCAUGAACUCGGGCCCAAGGCCGACUUCUGCAGCGUCCUGAGCAAUAUCGUCGGCAGUCUUGCCAGUGGAAUCGGACUUUUGCCCAUGGCCGGACCGAUCUUGGGAUGCUUGGGGUCGAUCGCCGCCAGGGGCGCGGGGAGUUGCGCCAAGUCCAAGCGAGACGGGGAGUAUGGCGCCUAUGUCCCCAACUUUACCAACAACUCGUACACCCAGAGCCUGCUGGAUGGAGAGAACUGGUGGAGCGAAACUUCGGCAGCUCUUGCUGGCUGA